AUGUCUUCAAGAAGACAAGAUGAGAAUGCUAUUGUACCUUCACGUAGAGGAGUAGGUACACAUACUCUAUCAUCAGCGAACAAGAUCAAAUUCAAGGAAAAUGCCAUACCAUCCAAAUCGAAAUCCAACCCUAUCUUGAGGAAGGGAAUUGACAAGUCCAUAGUAAAGAAUGAAAAUAGUACAGGAGAAGAGAAAGUCGAUAAGAAAGACGUCAAAUCAAUUCGUAAACCACUAAAUUCAACCCCUGCGUCAUCAGCCCCAAAUGCAAGAUCAGCUUUAUCUUCGAAACCCGUCAUCACUCAACAUAACCCUACCGCUCAAUCUAAACCCUCCACAAUGAGAACUAACGGUAAAGUCUCAACUACAACUACCAAGAGAACAAUACGACCUACUGGAACUCCUGCACAAGUUAAAUCCGCAAAACUCAAAAGUACUUUGAACGUUUACACACCUGGUCCGACCAAUACGAGCACAAAUCCGAACAAAAGCAAGAAUAAAGUUCUCGUUGAAGAGAAUGAUGAUAUAGAUGAUAUUGAGUAUAUGCCUCCCAGGGUACAGGAAAGGGAAUAUCAAUCUCAUUUAGGUGAGGUGCCAGUACAUGAAGACGAUAUAAUAUUCUCGAGACAUGAACCCGAACCUGAAUUCAAUCUUCGACUGGACGAAAUAAAACCAUUGAACAUGGAUGCUGAUGCAAUAAAUCACGAUGAUUCGUUCAACAUUGAUUUACCCGAUCAAAGUCAAUUCCUUACUGCAAUUCCAGCUGAAAACGAUAUUGAGCAAGAUGACUUCCUACUUGAGAUAUGA